AUGCCUCAUUUUAAUAACCGCUCCUCUUCUCCCUUAUAUGCCUCCGUGCUUCAUCAUGCAAGCUUCCACCGGCUCAGGAACGAAGUGGAUCGGCUCAAGGAGGAGCUCAAAAGGAAGAGUCAGGAGGUGAACGAGCUCAUGGAUUUGUACAAGCAGAAAUUGGAAUACAUCUCGUCUCUCCCUGACCUUUCUAUCCUUAAGUCGGAUUUGGCAGCAGCUCAAAACAAAGCUGUCGAGGCUAAGCAGGAACGUGACCAGUUGGCAGAGAAGGUAAGGGCUUUCGAAGUUUACAAUAAAUCUUUAAUAGCCGAUGCUAAUGCCCCUCCUUCUCAGGCCCGGGCAUACGUUAGCCAGAUUGAUCAACUUCGGGCGGAGCUUGAUGGGAUCAAACCCGAGCUUAAUGCCCUCCAUGAAAUGACAGUCGGUGCUGUAGCCGAGCGGGAUGUUCUCAAAGAGCAACUUCGGGCGACGGUGGAACAAGUAAACGGACUUAGCUCGUCGCUUGAUGCGGCCGAAGCUGAACGAGAUAGACUGAGCCAGGUCAUCAUCGAUCUACAGGCUGAACAUGUAAAGGCUUUUGACCAGAUCUCUAGCUAUGACGAUAUGUUAGACCACUAUAAAGCCGACGUGACUGCUGCUGAGAAGGCCAGGAAUCUUCGAGCCGAAUAUGUGCAGUGCUUAUCCCGAAGAGAAACCCUCGAAGAAGUCCAAGCCACUGGAGUGGACUUAUCAGAUCUGAUCGAGGAGGCCAAAAAGCUCGAAGUGGAAGCAAAGGCUGUAUUCGACCCAGUCUCCGGUCUUUGA